CGCAUUUCGUUUAAUCAAUUUUUUCUUUUGUUUAUUUUCUAUGUUCUUUGCUAAUUUGCUUCUACUUCCUUCUUCUUCUCUUUCUCGUGAACCAAACAGAAAUUUCCUAAAGGAAAAAAAAAAUUCAAAAGCUGAUGUUAAUUUAUGAAUAAAUGUUGAGGAUCUGAAUUUUAAACCAAGCGAGGGAGUGAAAGAGAGACGAGAGAAGGAUUUGAGGAAUUGUUAGAUACACUUGAAGAGAUUGGAGGGAAGUUUUUUGCUGGUUCUGAUAACUAAUCGUGAAGAUUUCUUUUUAUUUUGUUGAAGUUUUUGAGAAUCUAUACAUUUGGAAGAUAGAAGAGCUACUUCGGGGAGAAAUUUCAACUGAAUUCAUCUGCAAAUAAGCAGAUCAAUUGCUGACAUAUUCAAACAUUAGAACCUUCAUCACAAUCACAAGAGAGUUUCGGAGGAAUAGGCUGCAAAUGUCAUUAUUUUGUUGAAAAUUUGAAGUAGAUUUGUGUUUAUAGACUAGAAGAAGCAAAGUUGUAACGGCUAAGCCUGAGUAAUUCAGGUGUGGUGGAGAAAACGAUGGAGAAGGACGCAUUAAGGAUCAAUAACAGUGGUAUUGGUAAUAGCAUCAACUACAGCAGAGAUAGAAACGGAGGCGCAGGAGACGGCGGAUUGUUAAGAUCCAGCUCGGAUCCGGCCAAGCAAACGGCGUCGUCUUCUGAUUUCGUUUUGCAGUGGGGAAAUCGGAAGCGUCUGAGGUGUAUGAAGAUACAAGUCAAAGACGAUCAGUCCGGCCCGGUUAAUCGAACAACGGUUCGAGUCGACCGCCGAGUCGUGAGGGCCGACAAAGACUCUUCGAAUCAACCAAGCAAUAAUAAUCACGGGAAUGGAUAUUUUAACCUCCGUCAACGACCUGCUUCUCCUCAAGCUCCGCCAUCUCAGCGCGUUCUCAGGAACUCUGAGAAUUCCAGUGCUAUGAGAGGCCAAAACAACGGUGGUGUAAGGGGAUUUGCUUCGCCAGAUAGGGGUGCGCACGAUAAGAGAGUUGGUGGUAACAACCAUAACAAUAACAACCACCACCACCACCACCAUCACCACCAUCACCACCACCACCACAACAACAAAUCAGCGGCAUCUUCGGAUAUGACCCAUGACAGCAAAAAAGGAGGCUCAUCUUCAGGAAGCGGUGAGGCAGCUCCACCCAUCGUUUGGCCACCAAAAUUUGUGAUUGCUUUAACUAAUAAAGAGAAAGAAGAAGAUUUCAUGGCCAUUAAAGGAUCUAAGCUGCCGCAGAGACCCAAAAAACGAGCGAAAUUUAUUCAACGUACCCUCAACCUGGUAAGCCCGGGGGCAUGGCUAUGCGAUUUAACACUUGAACGAUACGAGGUCAGGGAGAAGAAGAUCUCAAAGAAGAGACCAAGAGGUUUGAAGGCUAUGGGUAAUAGUAAUAUGGAAUCGGACUCCGAAUAAAAAGCAGCCUUUUUUGAGCUUAGGUGUUGAGAGGCAGUUUGGGGGUCAUUUUGUUAAAGAUGGGAGAAGAAAUUGAAGUGGGUGUAAAUGAGGACCUUUUUCAUCCUUUGAGAUUAAUGAGAAAGGAAUAAAUUAAGCCAAACUUUUUUUCA